AUGAUGAGUCCUGGUGUUUCGGCCAAGAAGCGCCACGCCGGCGUGAGGUUCACGCUCGGCUGCGGCUGCAAGGACGCGAAGAGCGUGUCCGUCUCGGCGCCGGUGGUGGGGACGCCGUCGACAACGGCGACGCGGCGCAGGAGCGCUGGGAUGAACCCGUCGGGGUCGACGACGACCGACACUCUUACCAUAACGUCCGCGUUGUCGUCCUUCCUGUGGGAGCGCUCCGUGGUGGAGUUCGACGAUGACGGCGGCGACUACGGGCCGGAGAGCUUCUCCGGCCUUCUGCGCGAGCUCAGCGAGCUGGAGCAGAGCGUCGCGUCGUGGGGCCGGAAGAGCCACCACCAGAACCACGACAAGAAGCACUCGCCGCCGUCGUCAUCGCCGUUGCCAUCACAGGAGGACAGGAAGGAGAAGAACGGCAGCAACGGCGAUGCCACGGACAAACCAGGAGACUGCCGUGACGGCGACGAUGGCGUCGGUGUGGGGCUCGACGGCAGCGUGGCGGUGGUGAAGCAGUCCGACGACCCGCUGGGCGAGUUCCGGCAGUCUGAGCGAGCCAGGCGCCGACGUGGUCCUAGCACUCCUCGGCGGGUUCCCCUUCGUCGCCACACCGACGCUGCUACAAGAUCGUGUUAA